AUGCAAGCACACUAUGCCACUGCACCGAAGCUUGACCUCAAGAAUCGCGAUCGUGAAGCCCAGAAUGCCAUCCAGGAGCUGUUCCCAGAUGGGCGUAUGGAGCACACCUGGUUUCACGAGCCGCUGAUGCAACGGGACCUCCUCGAAGAUCUGGUUUGCAUAAUCACUGGAUGGUUCUCUGACAUAUGGAGAACUAUUUACGAGAUCAAGGCCGACUUCCGCCAUGCGCACAAGUGCCUUCUCUGGUCUGUGCGCACAUCUUUGAAGACAGUGGCCUUGGCUACUCCAUCAAGCCCGGUGCAUGACAUGCCGAUAUCAAUAUCCAUUGAGUCUCAAAAGGGCCAUCAGAUUCGGCUCUUCGAAGUCAACGGCCUCCUCGAUAUUCGCGUGGCCGCGCUUUGGCUGUGGAAAGAGCUCUUUCUGAGCAUGUUAACUGUGAACGUACAGCGUGCACAGGUCAUUACACCAAUCAUGCUCAACGAGAUCGAGGACAACUUGGAAUGGCCAGCCUUGCUGGAGAUACUGACUAGCGGGGAUGGCACACCACAUGGCGAUUGCUGGACUGCCUCGGCACAAUACAUUCUAUUCCAGGACAUCCUGAGCUCUCAUCUCACAGAGUCACUCGGUGUCCAGCCCUCUGUCGAGCUGUACCACGCCGCCAUCUCCACCUGUCACAAUGCUAUCGAUAUGAAGCUCAAACUCCAAUCCAUCAUUCGCGGUAUCGAAAUCACCUCUCGUGACAUCCUAUUAGCUGUGCUCAGCAUAUACAUCGACACCGAUCACCCUCGACUGAUUGUGGAGCUGCUUCGAAUUCACCGACAUUUUCUCCGUGUCAACGACUUUGCUCACUUGCAGGCCGCUGCCUCUGCCCUCGCACGUCACGAGUCGUUCCUUGCAGAUGCACUCACACUCGUUUCGCAAGGACUGAAACGCGCCGUCACAUCUGUCAACAUGAUGGUCCUCGGCACCUUUGCACACUUCAGUGAUCCUGCACAGCAAGCCAUCCUUUCCAGCGUUUUCCAACUCCGUCCAGGCACCCAGACACGUCAAUGUAGAAUCAGACAAUGGGUUGCAGCUGCGUGUAGUCCUGGCAAUCAUGUCCAGCAUCCUGGUAUAUCGGCUGUCGUGACCAACCUGCCCUCGGGCCCAUCAGCUGGUGAUACAACAACCAUGGAUGCUAUGGACUUGAUCAACCCUGGCAUAGGGCAUCUGGUUGAUAUCGCACCCUACCUUGGCGACUGCCUCGCUGGAUGGGUGACGUUGGCAUCUGCAAUCCGAGGGGGAGAACAAAUAUUGCAGGCGACGUAUGGCAGGAUACUGAAGGAGAUGGAGUUUUUCAAAGCACCGGACGUUGUCGACGCAAUGAUUCUGCACAUGUCAACGGAUCCGACCAUGGCAUCUAUCUGCGAUGGACUUCAGCAACUUUCCAGAUUCUGCAAGGCGCGUCGCACUGCUGCCAUCACCAAGCGACGGGGAUUGCACAAGCGUGAAAAUAUGAAAACAGAAAGUGUUGCAUCACGCCUCUGGCAAUAG